AUGAUACAAGAGGGAAGUUCUGUAAAAGCAACAGGAAAAAUUGCUCAAAUACCAGUGAGUGAGGCGUAUUUAGGUCGUGUUAUAAAUGUCCUAGCUAAACUCAUUGACGAUCAAAAUGCAAUUUUAUCUUCUGAAUCUCAAUUAAUUGAAUCUCUCGCUCUAGGGAUUAUUUUGAGGCGUUCUAUAUACGAGUCUUUUCAAAUAGGACUUAUUGUUAUUGACUCAAUGAUCCCUAUAGGAUGGGUUUUUGUUCUCAGUCAACAUGAUCCAAAAGGGCGAGAUGUAGAAGUUUUUCACGGGCAUCUGUACUCUGGAAAUGUGGGUCCCACCUCUAAGGGAAGUGUGGGAGCGGAGCUGGCUGACGGCCUUGAAAUCAAAGAAGGGGAUUAUAAGCUGGUGAAGACUCCUUUCAGUGCAUUCUUCGCUACUCUUCUCCUUUCAUUGCUUCGUACCGAGGGAAUUAAGAGUUUAGUAAUUUCCGGGGUUCGAACUCCGAAUUGCAUUAGACAGACUGUCUUUGAUGCAAUAGCUGUGGACUACCAGCCUGUCAUUGUCAUCUUUUAUGCCACUGCUGCUGCUACACCUGACAUACAUGUUGGUAUGAAUUCAUUGAUAGCUUGA